CAGCCACACGGCUUACCGAGACACAUGUGCGGGGAAAACGCCAGGUCCUGAUCCUUCAUAAAAAUGUUAUCCUCUGGAAAAUCACAGGGAUAUGCAACAUCUGGGACUUCCGUGGGUAGUUUGCGUUAUGGGGAUUACUGACUUUAUGAGAAAUGCUCUAUGAGUUCUACUUAUAUUUUCCUAAUAUGGGCCGCCUGCACCAAUCAGUUUAUUUUACAGAUUUAACACAUUUACUUAUUUAUCAAUGCCCUUUUUUUUUGCUGACUCAAUGUUUAAGGACUCAAAUGAUUUAUAUUUAAUUAUGUUUGAAUAAAGACACAUAUGCGUAACUUAGCCAUAAGACAUCUUAAUUAUGUAACUUGCUUACAUGAAAUGCAUCGCUGUAGAUGUUUCAGAUUACCAAAAUAAGUUUAAUGUCACACUACACGAAAACAACUGAAGUAAAUACACGUGUUUUAUUUUUAUUUAUUUUAUUUUUUUCAAUGUAUUGCUUAAAUGACAAAGUAACAAAGUUCUCCAAGUCAGUCUGGUCCUGUGUGAAAACCAGCAGAAUAAAGAAAUUGCUUAAAUAGAACCAGUGUGAAAUAUGUUUAAAGAACUCUUAGUAAAUAAACAAAACAAAACAAAAAGAUCAUGCCCCCAUCUAAAGCAAGAGUAGCUGUGAAAUAUUCUGAAAUGGGUCUGGAAAUAAUGACACAGGCAUAAGACUUUGCAACUCUUAAAGCAGACAGAAGUGAUCAAUAAAUUCAUCAACGGUCUUUCCAGACUAACUGAGGUCAAUGACUUCCUUCUCUUUCAAUCAAGCCAUGAUAUCUGUUUUUUUGUCAACUCUGGGUGACAGUGGAAGAUUUCUAGACAACUUUGUUUAAUCUCUGUUUGAUUUAUGCUUUAACUACUUUUUCACGUUGGGUCAUUUUGUUUUGGACAACUUUUUUCCUUGUUGAAUGAAAUAAAAAUUUGAGAAAUUUUACAGUUCUUUUUGUUUACUUAUAGGCUAUCUUUGUUUGACUGUCUGAAACAUUUAAGUGUAACAAAAAGCAACUGAUGCUAUCAUAAAUGACAUUAAACCCAAUUAGCUUCCGUUGGUGAGUCUCUUAUUAAAACCUUUUGCAAGACCUCGGAGUUUCCUGAAAGGAGUGUGGUUUUGGUGUGGUGAGGUAAUGACUUAUUUUAAGGUGUGGUAGACAGUCAUGUCAGUUCAGCCAAGGCCUCACACAUGCCUCAACAGGGGGGCUCUUUGACAGAGAGAUGAAUAAAAGCCAGUGAUGCAUUUGCAUGACGACAUCAUUUCAACACAGGUAGAAUUUGUCGUCACGGUAAAUAAUCAAACUUAACAAACCUUUAGUGAUGAAACUCAUCAUCAUCACACAUUUCGCAAGUUAAAAAAGUUUGCCCUGUUGUCAUUUGUACUUGUGAGUUUUGAAAUGACACUUUGGUCCACUAUUUGAAAAAGCAACACUUCAGAGCUUCAGAGAGAAAUGUAGACAGUGUUGAAUGCUGGGGAAAGUAAAGUGAAGAGAAGGAAAAGCUGUAUUUUCAUUAAAGUGGCAUCAGGGUUGGAUUUGCUGCUAAGUAAGGUGUGUUAAACAGAUGCUCCAGCUGUAGUCCAAAUGCUACAAAUGAGUCCUAGUCAGCAAAAGAAAGGAAAUCAUCCCAGACCAGGUCAGCCAAAAACAACAGGGAAGAAGAACACAAUGUUAGGCACCAGCAGCAGACGCUGCAGGAACAGAGGAGUUGGCUAUCAUUUUUGAACUGCAUCUCCAGGAAGAAUAUGGACUGUGAAAAAAAUACACUCCAUUCAACUCCUUUUUAUCGCAAGAAAGAUAAUUAGCCAGAUUUGACCCUGAUGACAGAGAAAUGUGUGCCAUUUCCGCCAAAACGAAUUAAAAUAAAACAACCCCUGCUCGAGUAAGCGAGGGGGUAAAAACUAAACAUCUCCGAGUGGCAACAAAGAGUCCAGUUGCAAUCUGGAUCUAAUACAGAAGGAACCUGAGGACUCUUUGGGGGCAUCUUUUUACCAAUGUGCUCUGCUGCUGAGAAGCCAGGAGCUGGUGAAACUCUACCUCUGCAGUUUAAUAUUUAAACCCUGUCGAGAGUUUGGUUCCCCCGAGGCAUCGGGAUUACCUUGGCUUUGUCCUCCUGUAGCGUAGCAGCACCCAAACUGACCUGAGUCACACCGACAGGGAGCUCAGGACUCACAACCAGAGUUUUGGACUGAUCCAGCUCCAAAUGCUAUAGAGAAUCAGUAGAACAUAAGAACAGUGGUGAGGACCGACACACAUAAUGUACAUGAACACAUCUGGGACUUCUAGAAGAUCCUACUCCCUGACCUUCCUGGGAAAGAAAGUAGGGAGGCAUCACUCAGUGGCACCUGCUGGGAAGCAAAUUGCCUGGGAGACGACUAUCAGGUCGACGGAGGAGCAGGAGGAGCCGUCCCAGUCAGGCCAUGCCCCUGUAUCGGAGCAGGAUUUGGAAAACCUACCUGGGAGUGUACCUGAGUUAAAGGAGCAGAGGACAAGUCCAAGAUUUCCCAACUCACAGUUUCAGCAGUACGGAAACAUCGCAUCAGACACGCAUCGGCACAAAAAUCCAUGGAGGAGGAGAUGGGCUGCUUUUAGACGCUGGAUUGUUGCAGACAGGAGGAAACGCGAUGGACAAGGCUCAUCAGAAUCUCAGCUGGGAGUUGGCAGUGAUGACAGAGAAGCUGAGCGCUCACAGGAACUCAAGAUUUACAUCCCCUAUGAGUCGGCUGAGCUCUGCAUCGCUCAGAUUGCUGAAGACAUGAAGGCAAUGAAGAAGAGACAUCUGCAAACAGUGCAGGAACUGGAGGAGAAUUUCCAGUUCACGGCUCAGGAGACGCAAGAACGGAUCAUACAGAAGGUCAGAUCUCACUAUCAGAACAAACUGAACACUGUGAGGAGAUUCCUGGACCUCUACCAGGACAAAGUGGAGAAGACGAAGGCCGACCUGGAGAAGAACGUUGCAGAUCUGACUGCACACAACGAGCAGCUGCUGGAGGAGCAAAGAGCUGAGAGGAGAAGAUGGAAAGAAGAGACCCUGCAAUGGCAGAGAGAAAAAAGCAAAAUGCUGGAGCUGUUCUCCAGCAGGCUGGAUGCCCUGCACUGCCACCAGGCCUCCACACUGCAGGAGCUGCAGAUGGCCAGACAAGAAAUAGGGCAAGUCCAAGAAAUAUUGGUAGUAUCUUCAUCACAGGCGCAACAGGAAGCAGCAGAGGAUGAGGAGGGGUCAGACAAGAAAGAACAAACGGAGACAUGCAGUGUCUCAGAUCAGCCACUGGAGGGGGCCAACCCCCGCCUGGAGGAGCUGAAGGAGAGCCUGUACCAGAAGGAGAGGGAGAUCACUGAGCUCCUGGAAGCAGAAAGGAUCCCCGUCCCUCCUGUCCCACAGCCACACUGCAGCGUCCUGCUCCCCACCGUCAUAACCAAGGCCCAUGAAAUCUGCAGUGCAGUGCCAGAGUCGAGAGCUCUUUUGCACCAAAUGAUAGAAGACAAUCGGGUUGCUUUGGCUGAAGCCAGAGACAAACUUCAUCUACAAACCGCUAAACAGGACAGCAAUGAUAAAGAGAAGACUCCCACACAAGAGGGGUCAGAUGAGUCAAGUCUGUCUUUUCUGCAAGAGACAGUGAGGGAACAUGAGGUGUGUCAAAUUGCUUUAGACUACAUCAAAUCUGGGGAAUGCCCUGUAAUGAAUGAUUGUGAAAUGUCUGAGCUGGAGGACAUCCUGGGACAAGAGACACUUCCAACCGCACAGAGGACUGUAAAGGGGAUUGGCCACCAGCUUCUCCUGCUGCAGGAUCAGCUGAAGCGAGAAAAGGAAGAGAAGAAGAAGGUAGUUGAGAAUUACACAUCAGAAAGAGCAAUGAGGAAGAAAUAUUAUAACAUGGUGGAAGAAAUGAAAGGUAAAAUCAGGGUGUUUUGUCGAAUUCGUCCAGUGAACCGAAGUGAAGCUACACAAGGUGGGGCCGUUGUGGUGGCUAAAUUAGACGAUUACUCUGUCACUGUGGAAACCCAACGAGGGCCCAGAGAGUUUCAGUUUGAUAAGGUGUUCAGUACAGAGGCCUCUCAGGAAGAUUUGUUUCAAGAUGUAAACAGGCUGAUGCAGUCAGUCAUCGAUGGAUACAAUGUUUGCAUUUUUGCAUAUGGCCAGACAGGCUCAGGGAAAACUUUCACCAUGGUUGGGGACAAAGAUCAGAAGAACCCUGGGAUUAUGCCCAGAUCUUUUAACGGCAUAUUUGACAUCAUGCGCGAGAACGGCUCUAAAUUUGACUUCAAGGUUUCGGCCUAUAUGCUGGAGCUGUACAACGACAGUUUGCAGGACCUCUUCGUGAGCCAGGCGGGUGAGGUCCAUGCGCAGACACAACCCCAUGGCCCGACCAGGCGGGUGGAGAUCAAAAGGAACAGAAAGGGGGUUGUGUUCGCCCAAGGAGCAGAGACAAAGGAGGCUUCCAGUGCCCAGGAGCUUUAUGCUCUGUUCCAACAGGCUUGCGCCAAUCGACACAUCUCCGCCACCAAGAUGAAUGUGGAGAGUUCCCGCUCCCAUCUGAUUGUUGGCAUCAUGGUGGAGAGCAGGAAUCUGACUAAUGGGAGUGUCAACACCGGAAAGCUGAGCCUUGUAGAUCUGGCAGGGAGUGAAAGAGCAGCAAAGACCGGUGCCAAGGACCACCAGCUAAAGGAGGCAAACUCAAUCAACAAGUCUCUGAGUGCCUUGGGUGAUGUGAUCUCAGCAUUGUCUGCGGAGCUGCCACAUGUACCAUACAGGAACAGCAAGCUCACACAGGUUAUGCAGGACUCUUUGGGAGGAAAUGCCAAAACCCUCAUGAUUGUCAACAUUUCCCCAUCAGAAUACAAUCUGGACGAAACUCUCACAUCUCUCGUUUAUGCAACGAGAGUGAAAGCCAUAACUAACAACGCCCAGAGAAAUGUGGACAGUAAAGAGAUCGCCCAGCUGAAAGAGGUGAUCAUGAAGCUGAAAUCUGGACAGGCAGUGGAAGAGGUGGAUGUUUGAUAGGCUGUUGUUUCUGCACACUGUGUUUUAUAAUGGCCAGUCUUGUAAUCGCUGGCAUGUUUAAAAGGUUUAAAUGUUGGAUGAAGAUGGGGGUUCACAAGUAAGUCACAUUUUGCUUUAGAGAUUGAAAGCUGUUUGAAAAUGAAUGUUGGUGCAUUGAGCUAUAGAAUAAAGCUCCCACAGUUCAGAUUCUGUUUGUCUAAAGGAUGACAAAGACUUAGUGAUUCAUACAUGCAAAGGAUUAUUAUAUAUGUCUAAAAAACUGAAAGCAAAAAGCACAUGUUGUGUUUCUUUAACAGUGAAUUUACAAGUGGAGACUGAAAACUCUAGUUUGACUUAUAAUAUGAAAGAAAAAGGACUGGAAAAGCUGUAGUCUAAAAUAAUAAACUUUGAUAUUAAUCUAUUAAAUAGAGCUGUUUUGAACUGUCAUAUAAUUUCAUGCACUGUGAUUUUAUUUAUAUCUUUACUUAUCCUGUUGGGAUUUUUGUGACAGACAGUUUUGUUUACAGAGACUUCAUGAUUAAUUUUAUUUGUUGUUUCUGUUUUGUUUAUUUAUUUUGGACAUUUAAAAUGUAUUCCAGUUCCAGUGUUAAAUGUUCAUUAGAAUCUAAAGUUUAUUGAUCUGGAAGAAUGUGUUCCUGCAUUAUUAUUACUUGAAAAUGGUUUCAUAACAACAGUGUUAUCGUUUAUUGCGAUAACGUCUGGGACAAUUUAUCAUCCAGCAAAAUUUGCUAUCAUGACAGACCUAUUAAUGUCCACAGAGAACAUGAAAAAGAUUCAGGAGUAUGUUUUUGCAAGCCGCUUAUUUUCUGAAGUAUUGCAAUUAUUUAUUUAUAGAAUUUGUAGAAGAUUGGCUCUUCUGCUGCUUUUUUGUUUUUGUUCCACUCCAAAAGCUCUAAACCAUCAAAAUAAAUUGCUGGAGUCAUUUUA